AAAUUUUGGUAAUGUAUGUUUUAUUUUCUUAGUUUUAUGCUCUAUACAGAAACUUGUACACGAAAAAAGAGAAAAUGACUUGUGGGUGUGCUUCCGCGUCUGCAAGUGUUUUCUUGGAGAGAGAGAGAGAGAGGUGAGGAGAGUUCUUGUCACCUCACUGACGCCUACCCGGAAAAAGCAAACAACUUUCGAUUUCUUUAAUCCUUUUUUUUUGUGUGUUCUGAGAAACCAAAAUCCCCUAAACAAAGAAAGUUUUAAUUUCGUAAAAUCUUUAACCAAACGAACACGAAUCAUCAUAUUUUGACCAAUUCCUUAUCUGGGUGUUUUUUUUCCUCCUUCAGAGUUCCAGUGUCAACUUCACUUCUCCAUACUUCUUCUUCUCCUCUCUCUCUCUCUCUCUUCAUAUCUCUCUAUCGCUCUCUCAAAUUCCCACCUUUUCCGCGCAGUUUUUUUUGUUUAAAAUUAUUAUUACAGAAACCAAACGAUUAAUUUCUUUCUGUAGUUGACGAAUUUUGGGAUUGAUUGUCGUCUUGCUCUUCUGGGUUUCUUUAUUCUGUGUCCUCUAUUUAUGGGAAUCAUUGGUUUUGCUUUAUAUUCUCCAUAAAAAGCAUCUGAUUGUAUACUUCCAAAUUCCAAUUCCAAAAUUGUACCCAACCCGUAAUGAUUAAUCAAUCAAAAAGGGCCCAGCUUUGAUAAAUCUCUCUAGUUAGGGUUUUUGUGUCAGAAACAUAACAUCUCAACAAAAAUUGAAGUUUUUUGUCUGGAUAAUGGGAUCUGCAAGUGGGUUUUACUCAAACGAAGGGUUCGAAUUGGAUUCUAAAUGGCUCGUUGAUCCUCGUCAUCUCUUUGUUGGUCCCAAGAUCGGUGAAGGUGCUCAUGCCAAAGUUUAUGAGGGAAAGUAUCGAAACCAAACGGUAGCAAUUAAGAUUAUAAAAAGAGGAGAAGCCCCUGAAGAGAUCGCCAAAAGAGAUAACCGGUUUGCGAGAGAGAUUGCAAUGUUGUCUAAAGUCCAGCACAAGAAUUUGGUCAAGUUCAUCGGAGCGUGCAAAGAACCAAUGAUGGUUAUAGUAACCGAGCUUUUACUAGGCGGUACAUUGCGUAAAUACCUAGUGAGCUUGCGGCCAAAUCGUUUAGAUAUACGUUUGGCUGUAGCGUUUGCUCUCGACAUUGCUCGCGCCAUGGAAUGUUUGCAUUCCCACGGAAUCAUUCACCGUGAUCUCAAACCAGAGAAUUUGAUCUUAUCUGCGGAUCGUAAGACGGUUAAGCUAGCUGAUUUCGGUUUAGCUAGAGAAGAAUCAUUAACAGAGAUGAUGACCGCAGAGACUGGUACUUACAGAUGGAUGGCCCCUGAGCUUUACAGUACGGUUACGUUAAGGCAUGGAGAGAAGAAACACUAUAACCAUAAAGUAGAUGCUUACAGCUUCGCCAUUGUCUUGUGGGAACUCAUUCUCAACAAGUUACCUUUUGAAGGCAUGUCGAAUCUUCAAGCAGCCUAUGCCGCUGCUUUCAAGAACUUGAGGCCGAGUGCAGAAGAUUUACCAGGGGAUCUAGGGAUGAUCGUUACUUCGUGCUGGAAAGAAGAUCCUAACGAACGGCCAAACUUCACGGAGAUAAUUCAAAUGCUCCUCCGUUACCUUACCACUGUUUCGCCGCCACAGAUCGUUUCUCCUCCGGUUAGACGGGUUUUCUCAUCGGAAAACGUGGUUUUGUCACCGGAAUCUCCCGGAACGUGUUCUCUGAUGACUGUCAGAGACAAAGAUGGUUCUGGUCAUACUGUUAACACUGCUGAUGACUCGUCAGAGAAACAAACAAAAGAAGGAAGCUUCUUCUUCUGCUGCUCAUAGAUGAUCAUCGAUUUAUGUUUUCAGUUUGAAUUUUGUAAAGGAAACGAGAGGAAGUGUUUAUGAAAAAAAAGAUAUAUAAUAAUGUAUUUAUUAUUGUUCUUUGAAUAAUAAAUAGUUCAGAAUUUAGAUCACAGUAACAAGAAAAAUUUGUUGUUCGUGUAUAUUCUCAUCUCCCAGUCA